AUGAAACUUGUCAUUGCCUUAUUGGCCAUUGUUGGUCUAGUGGCAGUUAAUGCCUAUCCUAAGCCAGUCACUAAAUAUGCUGACAAGGAUUUCUUGGCAAAGCAGAAAUUCCUUUUCGAAAUCGUUUACCGUGUUGAAGAUCCUUUGAUGUUCGAGGAAUAUAUCAAAUUGGGCAAGACCUUCACCUUUAACAAAGACGAUUAUGUGUUCCCCGAGAAACCAAGCGAAUACAUGAAGAAAUACUAUGAAGCCUUCAAGUAUGGCGUUACUUUGCCCAAAGGCGAAUACUUCGGUUCCUUGGCCUACACUCACUUCGAACAGAUGUAUGGUUUGUUCGAAUUCUUCUACUAUGCCAAGAACUGGGAAAUCUUCCAACGCAAUGUCUGCUGGGCCCGCAUGUAUGCCAACGAAGGCAUGUUCGUACAAGCCUUGACUUUGGCUGUUAUCCACCGUGACGACUUCGAAGGCUUGAUGUUGCCCGCCAUCUAUGAAAUCUUCCCUCAAUACUUCUUCAACAGCAAAUUCAUCUACGAAGCUGAGAAAUUCGAUUUUGAUGUUUGGACCAAAUACAUCAUGUACGAGAAGGAAUACAAGGACUUCAUGUACAAGGACUACUCCGUUUACUUCAAGGAAUUCAAAAACUACGAAUACUUCUACACCAAGGACUUCAAGAUGUGGCAAUGGUGGAAACUCAUGGGUAUGGGUGAACACUGGUACUCCGAAGAUCAUUUCAUGAUGCGCGACAACAUGUACAUGUUCAACAAGGACUCCAAAUACUUGGAUAUGAUCAAGGAUGUUAAGAUGUUCUACAUGCCUGUUGAUUACACCCGUGAUGUUUACUUCUUUAACAAGGAAUCCGAAUUGUCUUACUUCACCGAAGAUUUGGAAUGGAACUCAUUCUGGUACUAUUUCAACAUGGACUAUUUCCCCUACUUGGAUGGCAAACAAUUCGGUUUGAAGAAGGAUCGUCGCGGUGAAUACUAUUUCUAUGUUGUACGUCAACUGCUCGCCCGGUACUACAUGGAACGUUUGUCCCAUGGUUAUGGUGAAAUUCCUGAAUUCUCCUUCUUCACUGAAGUUGAAUACGGUUAUGAUCCUCAAUUGAUCAACUACAAUGGCGUUGGCUACUCUUACCGCAAGAACUAUUACGAAUAUGAGACCUAUGGUAACUUCGAUUACAUGUAUGGCAUUAUUAACUUCUUCAGCCGUAUUGAGGAAAUCAUCACCCAAGGUUACUUCAAGACUUACGAUGGCCAGAUCAUUGAUAUGCGCAAACCUGAGUCUAUUGAAUAUCUCGGUGACAUGAUGCAAGGUAACAUUGACAACUACGACAAAUAUUUCGCUACUUUCUGGUACAUGUAUGCCCAUAUGUACCUUGCCCACAUUGAUGACAGUGAAUUCGAAGUCUAUCCUCAUGUCUUCUUGAACUACGAAACAAUGAUGCGCGAUCCCAUGUUCUACAUGGUCUACAAGAAGAUCACCGAUGUCUUCUUCGAAUUCUACGAAUACAUUGAACCCUACACCCACAAGGAAUUGUACUUCCCCGGUGUUGAAAUUGAAGAUGUUAAGGUCAGCGACCUGGUCACCUACUUCGAUUUGGUUGACUUCGAUGUGACCAACUUGUUGAACGACAAAAUGACUUUCGUUGAUGGAAAAUUCGUGUGGGAUAAGACUUUGUUGGCUCGUCAAAUGCGUCUCAACCACAAAGACUUCGAUUUCGAAUACACCAUUAAAUCGGAUAAGGAUCAAAAGGUUGUUGUCCGUGCCUUUUUGGGCCCUAAAUUCGACGAACAUGGCCGUGUGUUGUCAUUGAAAGAGAACCGUGAAAACUUCAUUGAAAUCGAUGAAUUCUAUUAUGAACUGAAAUCUGGUGUUAACACCUUCAAGCGCAGCUCCAAGGACUUCUAUUGGACCACUGAUGAUCGCACCACCUACACUGAAUUGUACAAGUUCGUUAUGAUGGCCUAUGAAGGUAAAUACGAAUUCGCCUUGGACUAUUCUGAACCUCACUGCGGUUUCCCUGAUCGUUUGAUCUUGCCUCGUGGUUGGGAAAAGGGUAUGCCAAUGCAAUUCUUCUUCUUCGUCUACCCAUACACCGCUUCCUACGAACCCUACUCAUUCAACUACAACUACUCUUGCGGUAUUGGUUCUGGUGUACGUCACAUCGAUGAAAUGCCAUUCGGCUAUCCAUUCGAUCGCGAAAUCGAUGAAUACGAAUUCUUUGUUCCCAACAUGUACUUCAAGGAUGCCAUGAUCUACUACGAAGAUACUUUCGAAAAGUACUAUGGCUACAAGUACGAGAAAUUUGGCAAAUUCGAUUAUAGCUACUACUAUAAUUAUUAAAUGAAUA